AUGGAAUUUGAUUUGAAAGAGAGUGAAAUUAUUAAAGAAGUUACUUCUAGAAAUUGUAAGAGAGUUGUACUUCAAUUCCCUGAAGGUCUUAUUGCUCAAGGUGUUGGUCUUCAACAAAGAUUAGAACAACAAUUACCAAAAGUUGAAUUUAUAUUAUACACGGACUAUGUUUAUGGAGCAUGUUGUGUUGAUGAUAGAUUUACAUCUUAUAUUCAUUCAGAUUUUCUUGUUCAUUUUGGUCAUUCACCAUUAAUUCCUCCUCAUUGCCUAAAAGUUGCAAGUAUGUACAUACCUGUUGUAGCUAAUAUCCCUCUUGAACCAUUAAUAAAUAAUAUUAAUAAACAAUUAGAUAAAAAACUAGACCUUGCAAUUGUUGCAACAAUUCAAUAUCAACCAUAUCUACAACAAUUAAAACAAUUAUUAACCCAAUUUAAUGUUAUUCUUCCUAAAAUUGAUCCACUACCAGAAGGUAUCACUUUAGGAUGUACAGUCCCUCCAUUAGAACAAAGAGAAAUGAGUGUUGUUUUUAUUGGAGGAGGACUUUUCCAUGCAGAAGCUGUUGCAUAUAAUUAUCCAGAUAAUAAAGUUUAUUCAUAUGAUCCAAGAAAUCAAACACUUGUUCCUGUUUUUGUUAAUAAAGAGAAAUUUAAACGAAUAAUGAAAACUAAAAUUGAUACAGCAAGAAAAGAACAAUAUAUUGGGGUUAUUACUAGUACUCUUGGUCGUCAAGGAAAUCAAAAAGUUACAGAUAAUAUUAUUAAUUUAUUAGAAAAGAAUAACAAAAUACCAGUAGUUACCUAUGCUGAUGAAAUAUCAACUGCAUUAUUAGAUAGUUACAAAGAUAUUAAAGUUUGGGUCCAAGUUGCAUGUCCAAGAUUGAGUAUUGAUUGGGGAGAAGAUUUUAGACAAGUUUUAAUUACUCCUUAUGAGGCAUUCGCUGCAUUCGAUGAUAGCGUUAAGGCUACACUUGAUUUUAUUCCAAUGGAUAAUUGGAGUAUUCCAGCAGAAGGGAAAUGGUGUGCGUCAUAUAAUUGA